GGGCGCCGGGUCCCCUUACACCGAAAUAUUGAUGAUGCUCUCCGGGGCUGUCCCCAGCAGGGGCUUGCGGGUGGGCGCACCCCUUGCGCAGCCCGUGCCAGCGCAGCUCGGCGUGGUGUUCUACUCCCUUGGUGGUCCGGGGGGUGCGCGCCCACCACCACGCUCUGGCGCGCUGCUGCCGCUGGCGGCCCCAGCCGGGUGCUGCCGGUCGGUCAGGCAGAGGAGGAGGGGCCCCCAGAGACCACUACGUACUGCGCCAAAAUUUUACUGCAGCAUAAAGCGUUGGCGUAUACUGAUUUUUGUGGCCGACAUAAACUGUGCCGGGGGCCGAAACUGCUUUGUCAACAUGCUUAUAAUUUUGGUAGUGUGUGUGUAUGUGAGUGUGUGUGGCUGCUGCCGGGCGGGUCUGUUCCGCACCAUUGCGCCCCUGCCCCGCACCAGGGGAGCGACCGCAUCGCGGACUAUCUGACGCGUUCAUCGCGGAGGGUGGCGCGGCAGGGCGCGCAGGGGUGGGGGGUGGAGAGGCGCGCUUGUGUCCGCGCGGGGUCGACGGCGCAGCAGCGUCUCCACCGUCUGCGUUCCUUUCGCGCCGCGCCCUGGACUGUUCUCGUUUGAACGCGCCCCUCCCCGCCCCGCGGCGUUACGUCUGAUGAGGCUGCAUUCCGACGGCGACGCGCCCGCGCCACCCGCCCGCCUCCGGGACGCGGCGCGGAUGGCUCGUUUGAGAUUAGAGAAGAGCGAGCGCGCCCCUUACGUGCCGUGUGUCCGCCAUUGCAGCUUUGUGAGGCCGCGGUACUGACCACCAUGGCGACGUGCUUCGGGCCGCCCCCGCUGCCCCCCAACAAGAGGCCCGGCGGCGCGCUGGGGGCCGCGGUCGGCGGGCUGGCCGGCAGACGACAGCGCCGCCAGCACAUGCUGCUGCAGCAGCAGCUCGCCAAGCAGCACCAGCUCCAGGAUAGCAACAACAACACGUCCUCGACGUACAAGAGCUUCCGCGACGACCAAGACGACCAGCAGCAGCAGCAGCAUGCCGUACUCGGCAAGCAGAGCAAAAAGGGGUCCAGGGCCGCGCACCCACCCCCGCCGCCCCCGCUGCCCCCGACCGUCCAGCCCCUGCGCGUGCCCGCGCUGUCGCUGCAGAUGCCCAAGCUGAUGCAGCAGCACCAGCCUGCCGCGCCGCCCCCGCGCCCGCCCCCGGCGUCGCUCAAGCCGAACCUAUGGGCGCCCGGGUCACCCCCGACGCCCCCGUCCGGAAGGGAGCCGCCGGCGCUGGCCGUGUGGACGGCGUCGCCUACGACGCCGCUGGGCCGGCGCCGCUGCCGCAAGCACGCGCGCACGCUCUCGCUGACCACGGACGCGCUGCUGACGCCGCCCACGCCGCCGCCGCCCCUGCUGCUGCCCCCCAAGCCGGGCACGCCCCCGACCUUCCGACACGGCCGCACCGCCCCCGCUCCCCGGCAGGCGCCGCCCCCGGCCGGGGGCACGCUGUGCCGCAGCGCCUCGCCGCGCGCGGGCCAGGUCGGCCGCAUCGGCUUGCGCCGCAGCCGCUCCGAGGGCAACCUCGCCAUGCCCGCCCCCGGGCCCGCCUCCGACGGCGGCCUCGGCCUGGACCCCCACGAGCCGCGGGGCCUGCAGCGCUGCCUCAAGGCUCUCUCCGGCAGCUGGAAGAACCUGCUGCAACUGGGCGGUAUGAGCCGCCCCGCCAAGUCCGCCCCGCUGGCCAAGAAGGUGGCGCCGCCCGCCGUGCCGGGCGUCUUCAGACACUCCGGCUCGUCCUUCGGCUCGGCCGGCUACUGCUCGAGCGAGGACCCCGGCGACAUCCUCAGAGAUGUAGGCGAUCAUACAGACAUCUACGGCAUGGCAGGGAAGUCGCCCGGGCAGAUGUCGUACCCCGCCUUCACCUUCCCCGGCCCUCAGGGCAUGUCGCAGGGCAAGGUGGGGCCGCCGUUCUUUCAGCACCAGCUGUCCCUCCAGGAGGACCAGGGCAUUGACAUGACACAGAGCCCCGGCAGGGACAGCCCCGGGUCCGCCGGCUCGGGCUCCGGCUCCGGCUCCCGACACAGCACGGCCAGCUUGGACAGCGGCCGCGCCUCGGGGACGUCGUCGACCGGCUACCACCACCUCGUGGUGCGGGGGAUGGGCCUCAGCAGCCAGGGCACCGCUUCCUCCACGCUGUCGUCGUCGUCAAGUCCGAGAUGUUCCAUCUCAUCGUCCUCGUUGGGGUCCUCUGAGCACGGCAACCCCGGGCUGCACGUGGAGCGCCUGCUGCAGCAGGGAGUACCUGACUGCGAGGUUGUCUUGUCGUGGCUGCAAGACCUCCACUUUGAAGAGUACUACCACCUUUUUGUUGGUGCAGGCUAUGAUAUGCCAACAAUAUCUAGAAUGACCCCUGAGGAUUUGACUGCAAUUGGUAUUAAAAAUCCAAAUCAUCGCAAAAAAUUAAAAGUUGAGAUUGCACAGUUAAAUAUUAAUGAUGGAUUACCUGAUUAUAUUCCUGGUUCUCUUGAUGAGUGGCUUAGGCUACUAAGGUUAGAGGAAUAUUUGGUUCCCCUACAAAGACAAGGUUACCAUUCUGUUGAAAAUGUUACAACUUUAGCCUGGGAAGAUUUGGAAGAUAUUGGCAUUGUAAAGUUAGGUCAUCAGAAGAAAGUUUUACUUGCAAUUCGUAGAGUGCAAGAUUUAAGAGCAGGAAAACGUAUACAACCUCCUCAGGACGUGUUUGUCACUGAGGGCAGCAGCCUCAACUCCCCGGAUGAGGAGGCCCUCCCCCCGCUUCCACUUCCAGGCGCGCACAAGGCGUUUCACACCUUCCACCAGCCAUGGGAAACUGACACGAUGCGACAACCGCACCAUAUGGUCCUGCCUUCGUCCGCAUUCACGGUGCACCAGCCGAUGUAUUCCGCCUCUCCCGAGUUUGUUCCCAUCAAGAUUCGGGGAGGCAGAGGAAAGUCUCUAGAAAGCUUAGAGGACAGCAAUGAAGUAACCCAUCAUACCUUCAGUCCAGAAAACACGCAAACAUUUUACUAUCAGCAUGCUCAACCCAUGCACGGCUGGAGGCGGAGCUAUGACGACGGCGACCUCACCCCGACCAACGAGCUGGCGAGCAUGGCGUUGCACGAGGGUGGAGGCACCCUGCCGAGGCACCGCGGGCCCGGCAGGCCGCGCCCCGUCGCCAAAGUGACGGCCAACACCUCGUCGACGUUCAACGCCAGCCAGGCCACCCUCCUAGCGCGGGACUGGGACAGCCCCCGCAAGCGGCCACCCUCACCGCCCAAGCGGCAGUCCUCGUCGGGCGGGCGAUGCGGGAACCUGAGCGACUCUUGCGACAGCGUGGAUGGCGUGGGCGGCGGCGGCAGGCUCAUCACCACCACCGUGGAGCUGCACCACCCGCUGCCCGCCUACCCCAGCCCGUGCAGGCCGAGCCCGUCCCAGGACAGCUUCGACGACCUGCCCCUCCCUCCCCCGCCCGCACCCUCCACUCCCCCCUCCGCCACCGCCCCGCGGCAACCGUCCUGGAGCAACGGCGGCCAGCCGGACGAGAUGCUAAUUGCCAGCCUCUCGAAACAGCCGGGCAGGACAGGGUCGGACGCGAGCUUUAAGUCGAGUUCUAGUACUGAGUCAGAUUCACUACCAUUUGCCAAUGAAAAUGCAGGCACUAUCAAACAAAGAGCAAAUCGACCACAUCCGUCUUUAUCGAGCCUGGACAGUAAAGAUGGAAAAUCACAUAAGCAGGCACCUCAGCACAGGCCAUCUCUCAUUGACCUAAAGAAAGAUGGACCACAAGAGCCUUCUGAUGUGUUGAAUGACAUUGGUAACAUGUUAGCAAACUUAACAGAUGAACUCGAUGCCAUGCUAGAAGAGGAAAAACGGCAAGGUCUCAACAAUGAUUAGAUGAGAUAUGCUGUGAUCUGUCUCUUGCUGUCUCCAGUCAUUUUACAUUGUUAAUAUAUUUUUAUUAGCCUUUGUUUUUAGUGCACUGAUAUCCUUAGUGUUGAGAGUCAGUGACUCAAAUAUCUGUGAUCAAAGUUGUCUGUCCCUGUGAUUUUUAUUUUUCCUCAUCUGCAUUUUAACUAUUAUGUAUGAAUAUCAGUUCACUGUUCCCAUGGCUUACAUCAUAUUCAGGAAACUAUUACCUCUCUUGGGUCAACAGUUUGUAGUACCUGAUAUUUAUCAUGUGCCAUGAGCUAUAGCUUUCCAUGAGUGAGCAUGUGUUUUAUGUGCCAUUGCAAAUAGCCAGUACUCUUAUAAGUUUAUGUUGUUGAAGCUUCAGAUCAGACUUUUCUUUUGUCUACUCCUGAAUCUAGAACAAAUAGGUUCUGAAUUUCAUUUUGGUUGGGUUUUGUCGAAUUUGCUCUACUUUAUGUAGUGUAUUGUAUUUGAUUUCCUUCAAUUAUCACCCACCAAAUUGUUUCACUAAAAGAUUUAUUUUUGCUUGUCUUUUUUUUUGUUUUCUAAAAAAAAAACAUUGUUUAUUACUGGCGUAUAACUGUCUGGUGUGGAGCUGUUGUCAUCCGUCUUUCUGGACAAAAAGUAUAAAACCGAUUUUCUUUAUCAGUUGUUUUAGAGAGGCAUGACAAAGAUAAAAUGAAAAUGGUAUUUCAGUUGUAAGUGUCAGGCUUUUCUUUUUUAUGUGUUGUAAAAAAGAAUAAGCUCAUACCUUUUUUUAAAGGCAAGUUAGAACUAUGUCUUUCCUUGCCAAAAUGUAUCUAAACUCACAAAAGUUUUAUUACCUGCUGCAGUGUUUUGUCUAAAGGACACAAAUUUGUCACAGUUACAUCAAUUGAUGUCACUGGUCAAAAUUUAGUCAUCAGGAGGUUGUGAAAUGAUGUUCUUGAGAUGUCAUUUCUGAGUGUCAAGAUGACAAAGUUUUGACCCGUGACGUCAAAUUGAUAUCAUUGUGACAAAAUUUCUGUUGUUUGGGAUGAACUCAUUUUAUUUUCUCUAGUAAAUUCUAUUCUAUCAUAGGAUCUUGAAUACAAAUUUGCAAUGACAUCAAUGGAAAGUGGAUUUUACACAAUCUAACUGCAUUUAUAUUGCCUUACAAUGGAAAGAAACAGUUGGUUCACAGACUUAGUACUAACUACCAGCUUUCAAAUAUUUGCUCAUGUACUGUAGUGCCUGACAACUGGAAUGAAGUCAAAAUUAACCAUAUUCACAUAUCGAAUCUGUGAUUCAAUGUUCAAUCUUCAGAUACAAUUGUACCUCAUACCAAGUGAUUAUCAAAUUGAGGCAGCUUAUUCACAUUUGUGUAUGUUUUCCUUCACUUGCAAACAUCACAAUAUCUUUUUCAGUGCUGUUGUCAAUGUGAAUUUAUGUAGUAACCAUGGGUUGUUGUAUUUAAUUAUUGUUUUAUAUCUGGUUGUUUUUUGUUACAUAGAGGAAUUUCCUCUAACGUCAUGUAAAGUAACAUUGUAAACUAUGUACAUGAAAAUACAUACAGAUUGAGUACAUAAUUGUCGUUAUUGUGUAACAUAGGUAGAAACUGCAUUUAUCAUUCGUGCUGCAAUAAAAGCAGCCUUUGAGUGUCUGUAAUGUUUGUGUAUGUAAGAAAUUAAGAAGACUGGUGUAGUUUUGGGUAUGAAAUGUUGCAAUGAUUAACAGUAACACUGUAGUUGUAGAUUGUUAAUGAAAAAGUUGAGAUGAUCGGCAUUGUAUUGUAGUUAAAUCAGGAUUUAAUUAAAAACAGUCUUGCCCUUAACAAA